CGUGACCCUAGUAUGGAUUCACAAGUGCUAAAAAUUAUUAAUUAGAAUUAUUUUUCACUGGAAUCAUCGUUCAAACUACGAUGUUUGUACCGUGUGAAAGGGUGGUCGAUGUUAUUGAAAUACUCAUGGUCGAGCAGACGAUUGUCUGUUGUAUUGGGGCACACAACAAUAGAUGCACCCAAUGAACAAAUAAUUAUUCUCUGAGAUAAAAGCCAUUGAAACACAUUAUUUUUUCACAUAUUACUCAUUUAAAGGUUGUGUGUAUGAAGUAUUGCUUUAUGAAAAAUGCUCCAUGUUCAAUCAUGUUUUGUCGUUAGCGUCAGCGAUUCAUGGACAGUCUUAUUCUUCGUUUAUUGGACGCAAUAUUUCAAUUUUGUAUCCCUCAUAUUAUAAAUGUUCCUUUUCAAAACUGGUGCAAUUCAUUGAAUUGGAAUCAUUUAUGCAAUAAAACUAAAACUAUCAAACAAAUCGACACAUUGGUUUAUGUUCUGAAAACCAGUUAAAGAAAUACAACGUGAUCUGGGGUUAAAAACUAUGCGAAGCUAAGCGUAAAAAAUACUUUACCCAAGGCGCCUCAUUUGAUUGUAAUGAGAUCUAUCCUAUAUUCUAUACACUGUAAAAAAUUGAGUGCUAGUUUCACACUUACAGUGCUUGUAUAGUGACUCCACUGUAAGUGCCAAAUAAUGUUUUAUCACUUUAUUUUUUACAGUCAUGGUGAAUAUUCUUUUUUCAUUAAUAAUAACACGAUUUUUGUACUGUUUUGAGUGCCAAAACAUGCAAAAUGCGAUGACAACAUUGAUCAUGUGGUUAUGGAGACCUGCGUACUUCUUGUGGCUCCCGAUAGUUGAACCCCAGCUUAAGACUAUGAGUUCAGAAUACGGGCAAGUAUGUUUGUAUGUGUUUAUUUUAAGGAUAAUAUAUUUUGAAUUUCAUACUGAUUCUUUUAAUACAUCACUACAUCAAUGCGUCCACUGUUUAUCAAUGGUACGUGUAUGUUUUCUUAUGACAUGCAGUCUCCUGAUGUCACCAUGCCCGUCUCUCUUAGUGUCUGGCGUGUCAGGAUCGGCACGUAUCUCGGGAAGUAUCGUCAUGACCCGGAGAAAGAAACUGAACAAUCAAACGAAAAUGGCAAUGCCAAUAGCAAGAAGCCAUCUUGCAAUGGUUCUUCAAAAGAUGAAAAUAGCCAAAAUGUCAACAAGUCUUCUCAACAACCCACGUCUUCUGACGUUGUAGACCUGAAAACCUCCCAAACCGAAUCUCCAACUAACAUCGACAGUACAAAAGUCAAUGUGGAUAGUCAGACUCUGUCGACUUCGGCUAUUCCUGGUUGCGCCGCCGUCAAUGGAUCAUCGUGUGAUAUCAAAAGCCCAGACAAAGAAUCCAAUCCUGUACCGGAUCCUUCUGACGCUAAACCUACCAACCCUUGUGACGAGGACGAGUUGGACAUGAGAUAUAUAACCAUUCCUCACGCAUCACGUCAAAUUAGUAAACCAGACCAACCAGACUGCUUAUCGGAUUCAACCCCACAGUUACAUGUAGCUAGAGCCAUCACUGGUGAUCAGGAUGACAGCAAACAUGACGAGGAGACAUCAAACCCUUUACCGUCGGGAACAGAUUACGAAUCUCCGCCUAGAUCUAUAAUGAAUCUACUAGGCAACGCUGAAAACAUAUCAUCUUGUACCAGGGUCGCAGAGUAUCAUGAAACACCAAUCUCUCCAGUCAGUAGACAUGACAGAUCGCCCCCAUCUCAUGGUGAUGUAAUCAAAAGGAGAUACUCUUGUCAUAUAACCAACGUGCUCCUACUGCGGUCUGGUGACGUUGAGUCUAACCCGGGUCCAAAUACCAAGAAUCUAACUGAGCAUGAGUUACAUCUCCUUGCUGACGGUAUGGAUCCAUCAGACUUCAGGAAGGUGGGGCUAGCUCUAGGAUUCACUGAGGCUCAACUAAGUCGGUUUGAGAGAGAUAACAUUGGGAACAUAAUGCAAGCUACCUAUAAGAUGCUUUGCGAGUGGCUGAAGACAGUACGAGAUAAUAAAGCACGGGAGAUACUAUCCAACAAGUUAAAAAACAUCAAACUGGUACAGCUUGCCGACAGUUUACUGAACGGUCAGGUUGGUGAUCACAUACCAUCACUGACGGAAGAGGAAUUCCAGAAUGUCAUAAAAGCGGUCAAAGAAUAUUAUUCAAUUCACAACUGUCAGAUUCAAGCAGAUCCACUGAACAGUGGCAUUUUAUUCAAGUUUGAUGAGAUCUUCACCAACCUAAUGUUGAUGGAAGAAAAUAAGAAGACAACAAGAAAGGCACCGCUACUCUACGAUAACUUGCUCAAGACUAAAGUCAACGGAGUUCUACCUAAACGGUUGCUGGUUGAAGGUGAAGGAGGUGUGGGGAAGACAACUCUUUGUGCAAAGAUUGCUUGGGACUGGAUUCAUGGAGCAGGCUACCAAGAGUUCAAACUGGUACUUCUCGUCCUUCUUCGUGACGUAAGUGAUAAGACUAUUGGAGAGAUAAUAAUGUCUUACCUCCCAGACGACAUUGAGAUUACAGCCAUGCAGCUAAACAAGCAUAUCUUCUCCCACCAGAAAGACAUCUUUCUUGUUCUGGACGGCCUAGACGAGUUAGCUGGUGAUCUAAACAACCCUAACCAGAUCGCCUUGAUCAUCUUAAAUCGGCUGUUCAAGUCAGGGAGAGUGCUAAUUACAUCAAGAGGAUGGAAAUCAGAUGAGAUACGGAAGAUUAGUGAGCUUAGAAAGCUCUAUGCUUUCAUUGCGGUCGAAGGUUUUUCUGCUAAAAAUCUGUCUGCCUACAUCACUAAGUUCUUCCAUCCAGACACAACUUUGGCUGAAGAUUUGAAUCGAUUCAUAUCAAACAACGAUGUGAUCAGAGAGAACAUGGCCCCAUUCCCAAUAUACACAGUAAUGCUUUGCAUCAUGUGGAAAGACUUCGACGGCGAACGGCGAAGUGCAAUGUUCAAGUUGCAAACGUAUUCCCAACUGUUUGAUGAGAUGAUCCACUUUUUAGUAGACCAUUAUCUUUCCAAGCUCGAUUCCUCUGCUAGUAAUAUUGAUGGAGAAAUGGAUAAGAAACGGAAGGACAUUCUACGUCAUCUAUCCAAUAUCGGUUGCCUAGCCUUGCAGGGGCUCCAUGAAAGGAGACUGGUGUUCACUGAAGAAGAAUUUCACAGAUUGCCGGGUUCUGUGGAUACAGGUUGCCAAGUUGCAGUACUCACUAAACAAACGCAAACUCCCUCUCGGAGAGACAGAAGACACCAUUCUCAUUCUGCAGUCUCAUCUGUCCAGUUCCCUCAUAAGCUGUUUCAGGAGUAUCUAUCAGGGAUGUAUCUGGCAUCUCUUCACAACUCAAACAGAAGUGAGUACGACGGGUUGAUGAAGGAUAUAAUUAAAAAAGCAAGUGAAUUCCGUGAGCUUCUGUACUUCACCUCAGCCCAACAGAAGGAGGUCGGAUGGGAUAUCAUAACUCGUCUCAUAGCAUCAACGACAACGCGAUCAACGAGAUAUAGGCGUAUCGAUGAUGACUACAUUGUUGAUGCAGCAUAUGAGAGUCAAGACCAAACAGUGGCUAAAGCUGUGGCAGAUCAUCUAUCGACUUCAUCCAGAAAGAUACUUGAGAUCGGGGAGAAGAAGAUACCGGCGCACACAGUAGCGGGACAUAUCUUCAUCAUGAAUCAUCGCAAUGUGGACCUGGCUGACUUCAUGUGCUCCUCAUCUACUCUGAGAUCAGCAUGGAUCGCUAUCUCUGCAGGCCGAGUAGAGGAUAUGCAUGAAAAUUUAUCCGAGGUGCUUGCUGAUAACGCCACUCAUUCGAAAAUUGAGGAUCUUCAUAUAAUACGUAUUGAUCUCAGUCAACAUCUGUCUGCAUCACGUGAUCUCGCUCAGUUCAUUUGUAAGAUGCCUCAUCUCAGGGAACUUCGUCUCGGUGAUAAAUAUAAAAACGCCAGUCCCUCACUUCAUGAAGAGUUCUAUUCAACGUUAUCCUCCUUAGCAUCAUCCGCAAAGGUAUAUUUUCACCUCAUUUUCGUUUUUUGAACGAAAAUUAAAUAACAACUUGCCCCAAUUAGUAUAGCCACAAGGAUGAUAUAUUAUUAUUAUGAUAAUCAUUUGAUUUUACCUUCCAUUUGUCCAUAGUCACAUCUGUUUAAUGUGCAAUUUGAAACAUAUACAUUUAUACUUAAUACAAGUUUGAUUAUGCAGCUAUGCAUACAUAAUACGAAAUGACCAGUCUUUCAUUCUGUAUGUUGCAUAAUUUUAAGCCAUGGUUAUGUGACACAUUGAUAGAUCCUUGUCAUUUGAUUGGUUGUUUGAUAUCAAUCAUUCAGCCCAUUUUACAAUGACGACAUCAACCGUGCAAUGUUGGAUCCAUACGAUUUUGUCCAUUGCACGUGCGCAUGUUGCAUGUACGCCACAAUCAACAAAUCAAUUUAUUUUGCAUCGAAAUUCAUGAAUU